AGCAGCUCUGCGACUCACUCGGUUGAGAGGAGAAAGACGAGGAGCUGGGGUGGACAUAUCGUGUGAGGAGGGGGGAAUAGGAGGGGGACAAGAAGUGGAAUAUCUUGGAUGAAUAAACAUAUUGCUGAGUCACUGAGGAUUUUUUCCGGAGAGCCAUCCUCAGCUCGAUUAAGUUAAGCGCCGCUCGGUGGACUUGCUGCGGAAAAUUGCUCGUCUCCUCUGGUGGUGCUGAAAAGAACAAGGGCGCUCCCGGCUCGGAGGACGGCCAGUCACAAACCACCAAGAGGAAUUCUCAAGUACCGCAGGCUUUUUUCUGGGCCUAAUGUGGUCUCUCGCCAGACGAGCCGCUUCCCUCUAAAAAUCGGCUUCGUCGCAGCCUCCCCACUUAUAUGCAUUUACUUUUGAGUAACACAAUGGACGGUUCUGUAACAGCCGCUGCAAAGUUGAUAGAGUAAUUGUGCCAUGCUCUGUAGAGGCCCGACAGACGUUAUGGUAGCAUUGUGAACUUGAAUGCCUCUGCACCUUGAACGUUCCUUUAGCGCAAAAAAAACAAGAGUAUUAAGCCCCGCACUACAUUUGUUGUUUCACGUUGUCAUUUUGACACUUUACAUAUACUUGUCAUGUCCUCACAAGCAAGUUCAUAAGCAAGAUUAAACGAUAAAGUCCAGGUAAAGGGAUAAUAGUGGGAUCUGACUUUUUUUUUUCUCGUCCGGAAAAUAUUUAUGCACAAAGUUCAAAAUGGGGAAGGUGCUCUCGAAGAUAUUUGGCAACAAGGAGAUGAGAAUAUUGAUGCUUGGACUUGAUGCAGCUGGCAAGACAACAAUCCUUUAUAAACUGAAACUUGGACAGUCAGUCACCACAAUUCCUACAGUUGGCUUCAAUGUCGAGACUGUCACCUACAAAAAUGUCAAGUUCAAUGUCUGGGAUGUGGGAGGCCAAGAUAAGAUACGUCCUCUGUGGCGACACUACUAUACAGGCACUCAAGGGUUAAUUUUUGUAGUGGAUUGCGCGGACAGAGAUCGCAUCGAUGAAGCCAGGCAGGAACUUCACCGCAUCAUUAAUGACCGGGAAAUGAGGGAUGCCAUAAUCUUGAUUUUCGCCAAUAAACAAGAUCUUCCGGAUGCUAUGAAGCCACAUGAAAUCCAAGAGAAGCUUGGGUUGACCCGCAUAAGAGAUAGAAAUUGGUAUGUUCAGCCCUCCUGUGCGACCACAGGUGAUGGACUAUAUGAGGGGUUGACAUGGCUUACGUCCAAUUACAAAUCUUAAUGUUUGAGUGAUGACUGUUUUAGGUCAAAACUAUAAUAAAUUUGCAAGUAACAAGUCACUUCUCAAAUGAAUAUGGUAAAGAAAAUGUUGAUUAUCUUCCAUUUAUUUUUAAUACUAUGUUUACCCCAUAACUAAUUUAUCUUUAACUGGGUUUGCUGGCUUAACGUUUGCUUGUACUCUGUAGCAGGCCUAUAUCAUAUUCAUACUUUGGGGGGCUUGCUUGAUGAAUAUCAGAUUACUUGGUCCUAAUGUUAAAGCUUCAGAAAUCACCGCCUUUGCCUAUUCUUUCUCCUGUUUUAUACCUUUCUUUUUUUUUUCUUAUGAAGCUUGAGUUUUUCUUUUCAUUUUGGACUAAAGCUUGUUCCAAGGUUCUUCGAUGGUCUGGGUUGCUGUUGAACAUGUUCUGGUUCGGUUUUCUUUUUCAAAGGUGAAAUCGUUCAUGUUAAGUAGCCUAUUUUGACUGUCACUUUUAUUUUAAUACUGUACUGUGAUUCAAAAUAUUUCCUUUCAAUGGUAUUGACGGUUGCAAGGAAAGCAUCUACCAUUGCUAACAUUUAAUUGUCGACAUUCUGGACAUUAGUGGAAAAAAUGACUUCAGACAUGUUUUGUUACCCACCCCAUGGAUCCCAUUAUGUGGUCUAUAUAAUCAAUCAAUUGACCUUUUGUGUCAUGUCUUGAUAACUAAUUGUGCUAAAUACUCACUAGGCCACCAGUAACUCUUUAACAUGCUUGUCAGGAUGCAUUUUGAGUUAUGGGUAACAUUUUAUAGUCAUGUAGUCAUUUGACUCUGUCUUUCCAAAGGAAUGUCAUUCAACUCUGAGCUCUCUCAGUCAGCUGCCACGAUUGAGUCAUCCCAGAAUUGGGACACUAUAUGAUAGCCUAUAUCUGUAGCAUGAGUACUGAAGUACAGUAACCCUACAUCAGAGUCUUAUCUGUCAUGCAGUCAGAGGGAACCACUCAACAGUGAGAUGUUAAAGACACCUUGUGGUGCAGCUCUUACUCCAAUUUUGACUGGGGAAACCAUGUACAGAACAAUGUCAUUGUAAUGUCUUAUUAAAAAAAAGUGAU